AUGGCACCACAAGACUACAACAACGGCGUCCCAGGCCUGCCCUACUUUACCCCAAAACACAUCACUAGUCCAGGAACACCAGCUCCCAAUGCCCAGCAAAAUGGGUCAACGCCGACACUGUUCACAUCCCUCACGAUCCGCGGCACCACACUGCGCAACCGUAUCUUAGUAGCACCCAUGUGCCAGUACAGCACCGCAUCUGAGGGGCCGACCACAGGCGCGUUGACUGAUUAUCAUAUCGCAACGCUCGGCCACUACGCCCUCAAAGGCGCGGGUCUAGUCUUCAUAGAAGCAACCGGUGUGCAAGCCAACGGCCGUAUAUCGCCAAACUGCCCCGGUCUAUGGAGCGACUCCCAGAUCCCCGCACUACGAAGAGUGUCGGACUUUAUCAAAAGCCAAGGAGCCCAGAGUGGCAUCCAACUAGCUCACGCAGGAAGAAAAGCCAAGGAAAUUGGCGAAUUGGUCCAAGACUGGGCCGCCGCAGCGCAACGAGCAGUCAAAGCCGGCAUUGAUGUGAUUGAGAUACACGGUGCGCAUGGCUACCUAAUCCACCAAUUCCUCUCGCCCGUCACAAACCAACGAACGGAUAAGUACGGUGGUUCCUUUGAGAACCGCACGCGCAUCCUUGUUGAAAUCAUCAAAGCGAUCCGUGCCGUCGUCCCGGACAGUAUGCCCGUAUACCUCCGCAUCAGCUCUACCGACUGGAUGGAGGAAACAGAAAAGGGCAAGAAGCUCGGCUCCUGGGACGUCGAAAGCUCAAUCCGCCUCGCCAAACUGCUGCCAGGCCUGGGUGUGGAUCUCCUCGAUGUGAGCAGUGGGGGCAAUCACCCGGAGCAGAGAAUCAACAUGUUUGAUUCAAAAGACUACCAGAUCAAAAUCGCCGCGCAGAUACGCGCUGAGCUUAAAAAGGAGAAUCUUGGUCUCUACAUCGGUGCCGUAGGUCUCAUUACUGAAGCGGAACAGGCGAGAGAUAUCGUCGAAGAAGGUGGUGCGGCGGAUGCGGCGGUCUCCCAGAUCAGCGAUACAGAACUUGCAAAGGAGGCUAGGGCUGCGGUCAAGGUUACUGGGGGUAAAGAGCCGUUGGCCGAUGUUGUACUAGUUGCUAGGCAGUUUAUGCGCGAGCCCGAGUGGGUGUUGAGGGUUGCGUGGCAGUUGGGUCUGGAUGUUGCGUGGCCGAAUCAGUUUUUGAGGGUAAGGUUUCCCAAGCUAUAG